CACAGUCCGCUGGGUGCGCUUCUCUCUAUCAGUCACGCACUUCGAAGUUCCGUCUAAGGCAAUGGAGACGUAGCCAGUCCCAAACAGAACCUGAAAGACAGGAACUCAACACCGGAAAAAAAUAUUUAUAUGCGAAGUAAAGAUAAUUAAUCAGUCAUCUUCUGUAGGAUCUGAUGCAAGAUGAGCAACCAGACUGAAUGCCACUUUGACCAGUCUAUGGACUAUUUCUACAAAAACAGAAACCAGACAGGAGACUGGGAUUCUUCACAAGUUGUCCUUGUCCAGAUCGUUGGAUCAGUCUUUUGCUGUUUUAUCCUUCUGUCCAACGCCAUGGUCAUUGCUGCUGUGAUUACUAACAAGAGGUUUCAUUAUCCAUUUUACUACCUGCUUGCCAACCUUGCAGCCUCGGACUUUCUCGCUGGUAUAGCUUAUGUCUACCUCAUGUUCAACACAGGUGGAGUCUCUAGAAAGCUCACCAUUCCCAUGUAUUUUGUUCGCCAAGCCUUGCUGGAUACGAGCCUCUCAGCUUCCCUAGCUAACCUGCUGGUUAUUGCACUGGAGCGCUACAUAUCAGUCCUGAACUGGAAGGUCCACAGUAACCUUACCAAGCGGCGAGUCACUCUACUCAUCGUGCUGGUCUGGGCGCUCUCCAUAUUUAUGGGUGCCGUUCCCAGCCUUGGCUGGAAUUGUAUCUGCAAUCUGGACACAUGCUCCACACUCGCCCCGAUAUACAGCAGGAGUUACCUGGUAUUCUGGUCUGUGUCUAAUCUGUUGCUGUUUCUAAUUAUGGUAGCAAUCUACCUGAGGAUUUACAUUUAUGUCAAGAGAAAAACUUCGGUUCUAUCCAAACACACGAAAGGGUCUCUAAACCGCAAGAGGACGCCAAUCAAGCUCAUAAAGACUGUGAUGCUGGUGCUAGGAGCGUUUGUGGUCUGCUGGACCCCAGGGCUGGUGCUGCUUCUGUUGGACGGUCUGGACUGCGAAAAGUGUGGGGUGCUGUUCUUCAAACGCUGGUUGCUCCUCUUGGCCGUGCUCAAUUCCGUCAUGAAUCCCAUCAUCUACUCCUACAAGGAUGAGGAAAUGUGGACGACUUUCAAGAAUCUCCUGCGUUGCGUAUGCAAUGGGACCCGGAGGCAAAGGUCCUCUCGGGUUAACUCCCGGGCCCUGAGCUCCAAGGAGGAGCAAGGCAGCACUCCCUGCACCUCUGAUGACAAGGUUUCCAGUAAGGAAAUUCUCCAGGCAUGAGUUCAACUCGCAACUGGUUUACAGGGAAGAAGAAGGGAAUGUGACAUGCAGAUUGUUAGUGAGGACAAAGAGGUUCACAGUUCUGCAGGUGUUCAGUGUAAUAUUUAAAUCUUACAAAUCAGAUGUAAGUGUCUAAUUCAAUAUGUGUUGUUCUCGGUUUUCGGUUCAAAUGAAUAAAAGAGUUAUAUAAAUUCUAUUUUGAUAUCAAAAUUUUGUACAGAAUUUUACCUUUUUUAUUACGUUUUUUUGACGCAGUAGAUUUUGAUCUUUGAUUAAUUCAUUUUUAAUUUCAAUUGUUUUAAUGUAUUUUUGUUAAAAAUGUCUUCUUUAGAAGAAACAUAAACUACUGUUAGGUGCUAAUGAAUCUGUAUCACUAAAUUUGAUAACGUUUAGUGCAGAAGGAAAAUUCGAGUAGAUUUAGCACCAUGGAAUACUCUGUAUCAAAAACUGAACAUUUCAUUUAGUUAUAAUAUUACAUUAAUGCUUUUUAAAUCUUUUGAUAUCAGAAUGCACUUUUUACUGUAAAUAGAUAAAUAAUUGUUGGAUGAUACUAUUAUCUAAAUGACUGCCAUGGUCAAUCGUUUGUAUAGACUGACAUGUUUCAGAAGGCUAGGUUGCUGAAUACACAAACAAUAACUUUAACAAUACUGACAAAAAUGCCAGGUGAUUUGAUCACACUUCUCUUUGCCGGAUAUAGCACUGCAAUGCUGAGUGAAUUCAAGUCAAUUUUGUAAUUGGAAAAUGGGGGGGCUUUUUUUCUUCAGUCUAAAUUCCAUAUUGCUUUUCACUAUAUUGUUGUAUUUUUCUUGAUUUAUCAGCAUUCCAUAAUUGUAUGUUAUAUUCAGAUAGAUAUCAAUUACCUGCUACACUGCAAGAAUGAGAAGCCAAAGUUGAUAGAUAUAUAUUUAUGAAUAUUCCUAAAAUAGUAAUUGUUUGGUUAUAUAAAUUUGAAACACAUAAUGGUAAAUAUAUACAUAAUAAAGUGGACCUGUUGUCAUGGUUUAGCGAUAGCAUGCACAUUUGUCACUGUAAGCGCAUGUGCUUGACAAGAUGUUACAAAUAUAUGAGGUUGAAUCUUACGUGUAAUUGUGAUGUUUAUCUUUGCGAGAAUUUAGAAGUUUCUGAUUUCUGCUGAGGUUUUUCUAAAACUAAGGCUGUGAAAUGUAUGAUUCUGCCCUCCAGUGGAUCUGCUGGAAAUAUUACUGCUAAUCGCAGGAAUUUAAUGGCUUUAUCCUCCUGAGACCCAAGGAAAAAAGUGUCCUUCAAUUUUAGGUUAUUUGUCUUUGGAGGAAAUAAGACAUUUUACAAUUUUUAUUUUUAAUUUGACAGCAUGUCCUCUUUAGUGUACAACAGGAAUAAAUAUGUUUCCUUACAUCAGUGAAAAGAUAGAUGCAAAAACAACAUGUCCACUACAAUGGACAUAAAUGAAUGGGUGGGGUCUCAGGAGGUUAUUACUCCUGGCUAAAACUAUGUAAUUAUGAAAUUUUCUCAGUGGAUAAUAUUGUCAUAAUAAUAAUAUGGUCUGUU